GCAGUUGCUGUAGGAUUCUAAGUCCAGUGAUUGUUUCAAAAGAAGCAUCAACAACAACUGAAAAUAUUCAUAUGAUAUCUAUAUUUCAAUCAUGGACCAAAAUCAACAUUUGGAUAAAACAGCAGAGGCACAAUCUUCAGAGAAUAAGAAAACAAGACACUGCAAUGGAUUGAAGAUGUUCUUGGCAGCUCUGGCACUCAGCUUUAUUGCUAAGGCACUAGGUGCAGUUGUUAUGAAAAGUUCCAUCAUUCAUAUAGAAAGGAGAUUUGAGAUAUCCUCUUCUCUUGUUGGUUUUAUUGAUGGAAGCUUUGAAAUUGGAAAUUUGCUUGUGAUUGUAUUUGUGAGUUACUUUGGAUCCAAACUACACAGACCAAAGUUAAUUGGAAUCGGUUGUUUAAUUAUGGGAAUUGGAGGUGUUUUGACUGCUUUGCCACAUUUCUUCAUGGGAUAUUACAGGUAUUCUAAAGAAAUUAAUAUUGAUUCAUCAGAAAAUUCAACAUCGACCUUAUCCACCUGUUUAAUUAAUCAAAUUGUAUCACUCAAUAGAACAUCACCUGAGAUAGUGGGAAAAGGUUGUGUGAAGGAAUCUGGGUCAUACAUGUGGAUAUAUGUGUUCAUGGGCAAUAUGCUUCGGGGAAUAGGGGAGACUCCCAUAGUACCACUGGGGCUUUCUUACAUGGAUGAUUUUGCUAAAGAAGGACAUUCUUCUUUGUAUUUAGGUAUAUUGAAUGCAAUCGCAAUGAUUGGUCCAAUCAUUGGCUUUACCCUGGGAUCUCUGUUUUCUAAAAUGUACGUGGAUAUUGGAUCUGUAGAUCUAAGCACUGUCAGGAUAACUCCUAAUGAUUCUCGUUGGGUUGGAGCUUGGUGGCUUAAUUUCCUUGUGUCUGGACUAUUCUCCAUUAUUUCUUCCAUACCAUUCUUUUUCUUGCCCCAAACUCCAAAUAAACGACAAAAAGAAAGAAAAGCUUCAUUAUCUUUGCCUGUGUUGGAAACAAAUGAUGGAAAGAGUCAAACAGCUAAUUUGACCAGUCGAGGAAAAAAUAUUACCAAAAAUGUGACUGGUUUUUUCCGGUCUUUUAAAAGCAUCCUUACUAAUCCCCUGUAUGUUGUAUUUGUGCUUUUGACGGUGUUACAAAUAAGCAGCUAUAUUGGUAGUUUUACUUAUGUCUUCAAAUAUGUAGAGCAAGAGUAUGGUCAGCCUUCAUCUAAGACUAACGUCUUAUUGGGAAUUGUAACCCUACCUAUUUUUGCAAGUGGAAUGUUUUUAGGAGGAUAUAUCAUUAAAAAAUUCAAAUUGAACCCAAUUGGAAUUGCUAAAUUCUCAUUUUUUACUGCUGUCAUGUCAUUGUUCUUUUACCUAUUAUAUUUUUUCAUACUCUGUGAAAAUAAAUCAGUUGCCGGCCUAACCAUGACUUAUGAUGGAAAUAAUCCAGUGACAUCUCAUAGAAAUGUACCAUUUUCUUAUUGCAACUCAGACUGCAAUUGUGAUGAAAGUCAAUGGGAACCAGUCUGUGGAAACAAUGGAAUAACUUACAUCUCACCUUGUCUAGCGGGUUGCAAAUCUUCAAGUGGCAAUAAAAAGUCUAUAGUGUUUCAUAACUGUAGUUGUUUGGAAGUAACUGGUCUCCAGAACAGAAAUUACUCAGCCCAUUUGGGUGAAUGCCCAAGAAGUGAUGCUUGUAUAACGAAAUUUUACUUUUUUGUUGCAAUACAAGUCUUGAAUUUAUUUUUCUCUGCACUUGGAGGCACCUCAUAUUUCAUGCUGAUGGUUAAAAUUGUUCAACCUGAAUUGAAAUCACUUGCACUGGGUUUCCACUCAAUGGUUAUACGAGCACUAGGUAUGAUGAAAAAUGUAUAUAUAUACACACACACAGAUACAACAUGUAUGAAGUGGUCCACCAACAACUGUGGCACACGUGGGUCAUGUAGGAUAUAUAAUUCCACAUUAUUUUCAAAGGUCUACUUGGGCUUGUCUUCAGUGUUAAGAGUCUCAGCACUUGUUUUAUAUAUUAUAUUAAUUUAUGCCAUGAAGAAAAAAUUUCAAGAGAAAGAUACCAAUGCAUCAGAAAAUGGAAGUGUCAUGGAUGAAGCAAACUUAGAAUCCUUAAAUAACAAUAAACAUUUUGUCCCUUCUGCUGGGGCAGAUAGUGAAACACAUUAUUAAGGGGAGAAAAAAAGCCACUUCUGCUUCUGUGUUUCCAAACAGCAUUGCAUUGAUUCAGUGAGAUGUUAUUUUUGAGGAGUUCUUGGUCCUUUCACUGAAAAUUUCCACAUCUUUUAUGGUGAAAGUAUUAAUAAGCCGAUGAAUUUAUAAUAAAACAAACUAUAUGUAGCAAAAAUGAGAGUAUUCAUUGUUAUGUUAUAGCUAUGUAUUUGUGGUUAAGGCUAGACUAUAAGAGCCAUACAAAUUUAAAGUAAGAGGCAUGGUUAUUGUGUAAUAAAAGAAAAAAUACUUGUUCAAGUAAUUGUAAUUCUUAAUAAAAUAAAUGAGUAGAAUACAGGUAGAAGUUAAAAAGAAGGAGCUAGAUUAGUAUCCUAAGUAAAGAGAAAUGCCUAAUGUCUAUUUUGUGUUAAACAAACAAACAUGCAGUUUGAACUGUAAUACUGAGGCCUGAAGUCUAGCCUGGAUGAAUGCUACAAUAAUAUCUGUUAC